AAGUGCCUGCACGGUGGCGGCGGCGGAGUUCGCCCCUGGUUGGCUGGUCCCGGCCAAGGUGAGCGUUUCCGGGUUCCGGGUAAGAGGACUCAGUCAGCCUUCUGCCUUCCCUGCCAGUGGGAGACCGCGAGAACCCACUUGACCCCUUCCCUGACCUCUUCUCCCUCGGCGUUAUUCAGUGCACACUCGGCCUCCCCGCCAGGCCCUGCAGACCUUGUCUUUGCAUUUGUGAGAAACCGGAGACGUCACACGGAGCUCUAACUCUAGAUCAGUAUCCUCCUCUAAAUUACACAGUGGAACACAGAUUCAGAUCAUCUCGCUGUUCUUUUUUGCAUCCGGUUUUCUCGGACUCGCUCUGGUCAUUUCUCUGUGUUGACAACUUUUUAUGCCUUAGGAGUGUCUUUGAGGAAAGAUCUUAAGAGGUUCUUCUUCAGUCGGAACCAGAUAGAAGAUUAAUUGCUGACAAAGCCAGAAUGGCUGCAGCCCUGGAAUCUGAAGAACAAAGACCUCUUGCAGUUAAGGCAGAGAGCCAUUCGUGGGGACAGGACCCCUGUGCACAGAAGUGCGGUCUUCACAGGAGGGAAUUCUACAGGCAGCGCUUCAGAAGUCUCAGCCACCAGGACACACCUGGCCCCCGUGAAGCUUUUACCCAACUCUGGACGCUUUGUCGCCAAUGGCUGAGGCCAGAAUGCUACACCAAGGAGCAGAUUCUAGACCUGCUGGUGCUGGAGCAGUUCUUGAACAUUCUCCCUAGGGACCUGCAAGCAUGGGUGCAAGCGCACCACCCAGAGACUGGAGAGGAGGCGGUGACUCUGCUGGAGAAUCUGGAAAGAGAGCUUGAUGAGCCCCGAAAACAGGUCCCAGCCAAUUCAGGAAGACAGCAUAUACUCUUGGACAAGCUGGCCCCCUUGGGAAGGCCAUAUGAGUCACUGACUGUCCAACUUCAUCCCAGUAAGACCCAGCUGAAGCAGGAUUAUGGGAGACUACAAAAGAAUGGUGCUAAAACCAGGAUUGAGAAUGAAGAGUCAUCCCAAAAGGAGGAUACGCCCGAGGACAGGCUUAAUGAAGGCAUUCCUCAGCAUCCUGAACCCAAAGACACUAUUGAAAGUGAGAGCAGAUUAGAAUGGCAACAGAGGGAAAGAAGACAAUAUAAAUGCAAUGAAUGUGGAAAAAGUUUCAGCCGUAGCUCAGACCUUAGUAAACACAGAAGAACUCACACUGGAGAGAAGCCCUAUAAAUGCAAUGAGUGUGGAAAAGCCUUCACUCAACACUCACAUCUUAUUGGACAUCAUAGGGUCCACACUGGAGUGAAACCCUAUAAAUGUAAAGAAUGUGGCAAAGAUUUCAGUGGGCGCACAGGCCUUAUUCAGCAUCAGAGAAUCCACACAGGUGAAAAGCCCUAUGAAUGUGAUGAGUGUGGAAGGCCCUUCCGUGUAAGUUCAGCUCUUAUUAGACACCAAAGAAUUCAUAUAGCAAAUAAGCUCUAAUAAUGCAGUGGAAAUAACAGAGUUCUCUAGACACUCAGACCUAAUGAGUUGCCAGAGAAUCUACCUUAGAGACCCAGAGAGUUUGCUUCAUGUGGGCAAAGCUUCAGUCAUCAUUAAAAUCUCUGACACCGAUCUACCUGAGUAAAAUAGCCUUUUAUUUUUAAGUGAGUGGAGUUUUUUGGGAGGGAUCAGUUGUUUCAGAAAGCCUUAUCCACAAUUGUAGCCCAAGACUGAUGCUUCCUGUUCAAUAUGAUUUCUACUUUUGCUCUAACUCCUUUACACUUAACUAGUCAGUGUAUGGCAUUAAGCAAGACAUUCCAGUUUUUUUCUGCCUUCAUUUCCUCUAAAUGCUAACAGCUGGGGUUUUUUUGUUGUUGUUGUUG